AUGAUUAACGCAGCAAGACCUCGCUCGCAUCGGCCAACAGCUAGGCCAUUGCCGGACUCAUCGGCUGGAGACUACCUGAUCUGCGCGACGGAUAGUGAUCUUGCCUCUAACUUGGCGCUCUCUAUCGCACAUCGACUUGAUAAACCAAACCUCGACGCAUUCAUGGCUAAAAUGCCCUCUGGCCUGCCAUUUGCCUUUAGUAAUUCCGAUGUGCACGAGGGAAAUGUUAUGAUUAAAGACGGCAACUUCGCCGGGCUUAUCGACUGGGAGUUGGCAGGUUUCUACCCGUCGUGGUGGGAAUAUAUAAAUAGCAGCCCGUCGUUGAGCAGAUACUUCCCAGCCCAAAUCCAGAACCACUAUGCGCUGGAAUGGUUUCGCGUCUACCACACUAUCCGAGAUAAAAUUAAGAAAGAGGGCGCGUUUAGGUUGAGCGAAUAUCUCAGAGGGAGAGCUUGGAGUGGCGCGUAG